UCCGUCCCGCGGUGCAGGGAGCCGGGCCGGUGCCAGGGCCGCCGCCCGGCCGGGCCGCAGCCCCCGCCGCCAUGGCCCGAGUCUCGGCGAUGAUCAGCCCGGUCCUGGUGCUCUUCGGCUGCGACCUGUGUUUCGUGCGAGCCAACAGGCCACCGUCCCCUGUCAACGUGACUGUGACGCAGCUGAAGGCAAACUCUGCCACAGUCUCCUGGGAUGUACCAGAAGGAGAUGUGGUCAUCGGCUAUGCCAUCCUACAGCAGAGGCAGGACGGGCAGAUGCAGCGCUUCAUCCGGGAGGUGAACACCACCAACCGUGCCUGUGUGCUGUGGGACCUGGCAGAGGAUGCUGACUACAUCAUCCAGGUGCAGAGCAUUGGCCUGUAUGGGGAGAGCCAGGCUAGCAAGCGUGUCCACUUCCGCACCCUGAAGGAGACCGACCGCCUGCCUUCCAACAGCUCCAACCAAGGUGACAUCACCAUGGAAGGGCUGGACAAAGAUCGGCAGCUGCAGACAGGCGAGAUUAUUAUCAUUGUGGCUGUGCUGCUUAUGUGGGCAGCGGUGAUCGCCCUGUUCUGCAGACAAUACGAUAUCAUCAAGGAUAAUGACUCCAACAACAACAAGGAGAAGACAAAGCCCUCCUCAGAGCACAGCACGCCAGAGCGACCGAGCGGAGGGCUGCUGCGGAGCAAGAUAUCAGGAGCAGAAACUUCUUGUUUGGACUUCAAGUCCCCAGUUCCCUUCCUCCAGAUUUUUCAGCUUGCUGAUUACCCCUUGCCAGGAGAUCACUCCUCUUGGAUCCCUCCUCCAAGCUGGAGCUGGAGUUGGAGUUGGAUCCCUACUCCCUCCCCUGCUCUGCUGAGAAGAAAUCUCCCUCGGUCAAUAUCAUUGAGGUGUAAGUGCAACACCAGCUCUGCCGUCUGGGAUCUUGGGUGUCCUGCCAGAGCCACAGCAGGCCUUGGAAGAAGAGGCAGCACCAGGCGUGCCGCCUGGAAAUCAGCAUGCGACGAUCCACGUACCAGAACUCCCGCUUUCCUGAGGGCACCUGUCUGCGGAUGUGCACGGAGCCAGCUCCCCAGCCAUGCAUGCCGAGCGUGGCCCUGCCCGUCCCACACCCGGCCCUCCUCCCCUCCCGGGAGAAGCAUCACCUUGAGGAUGGGUGGGGGGCCACACCAGCGGCUAGGGUGGGAGGGAGCCAAGGGGAGCCGAUGGGCUGAGGCACUGCCUGAGGGGAGCCCGUGUCCCUGGGCGCUGCCUUGGCCAAGGCCCGGGGUGCAGCUGAGGCACUGGAUGCCUGCCCGGCAUCAGGGGUAGACCUUGUUCUCAGCUGCCCGUUUGGCCCUGGGGCUGCUUGCAGAGAGCAGGAGCUGCUCCCCUCAGGGCCCCGGGGCUGCAGGAGCAGGGCAGUGCAGGCACUGCCCCAGCACGGCCAGCAGAGCUGUGGCCUGUAGGAGGGUUUGUCUGUGGGCCCAGCCAGCACCAGGAUGAGUGGAUUGCUGCUGGAGAACAGGGCUCCACUGUACCCUCUCAUGGCUGUGCAGGGCCUUCACAUUCUCUGUCUACCGCAGAGGAUGAGGACAAGAGGGACGAUGAGGAGCUAGUGCUGUCACAGUGCCUGGCCAGCCCACGGAGCCUGCAGCGGGGCAGGGAGUGCUGGUGGAAGCCCUGCAGGGCUGGGGGAGUGGGCAGCGUCAGGGCAUGGCUGUGGCUGCGCUGUGUCCCCAGAAGGGCUCAGGGCUGGCACAUUCAGGCUGUUUGAGGGGAGCUGCCAUGAACUUUCUGAGCAGCCUGUGCUGCCUGGAGGAGACAAUGUGGUGAGGCCUGCCGGGUCUCAUUUGGAGGGAAUGGGGUGAAACAAGGAGGCUCCCUGCUGCCCUGGCUGCUGCUCUCCCUCCACGCUCUGCUCUGCAGCCUGCCACAGACAGGCUCUGCAGCCCUGGACUCAAGCAUCACAGGAUCCAGUGUCUUCCAGGAAUAAAUCUCCCAGUAAAAGCACUUUCAGGACUUUUCCUUCCAGGUGCUGCUCAGCUCCUGCUGCAGGACUAGGCGGGGAAGGGACAUGAUAAGCAACUCCUGUGGCAGGGUCUUUUCAAUAAAAGCAUCCUGGCUCAAAGGCAGCAUCAGA